GCACCGACAUGACAUUGCACCACGCGUCUAGCUAUAAGUAAUUACACACAUCAUACUGAAUUCAACAUAUGCUGAGAAUUCACAGAGUGAAUAGCAGGCGUUCUUUGGGGUUUUCGGUCAGAUAGGAGAGUGAAACCCGACUGACAUCAGCAGCAACGAAUUAAGCUGUUGCAUGUAUUACCGACAUCUGAUCGAGGUGCAUUACUUAAAUUAAGUUAUGGAAGUUUUGCAACGGGUGACAGUGGAACCGAUCAGGUUCAUUUUCACAAUGGCGCUCGCAAUGCAGUAUAGAGCGACCAGGGCUCUUAUCCUUCGGAAGGUGUGUAUAUCAAGCCACAAUCAAACCUUGUGUGGUAUUGAUGAAGACUCAUCGGGCCUGGACAGCGACAUGCCUGACGGCCAGACGGUACGGGAUGAUGUUGCAACUUGGUGUUUCUAUCUUGACGCCUGUGCGAACCUUCUCGGUGCCCUGGUCUCGUGCGUGUACGGAUCAGCCAGUGAUAGGUUCGGUCGCCGGGGGCUCCUUGUGCUACCAUCGCUUGGCCUGAUGUUGGGAUCCGCCAGUUAUUUCAUACACUACUACUUCUUGCAACUCCCUCUCUAUUAUGUCUUCUUCAGUUCAGCUCUGAUGGGACUGUUCGGUUACUACCAGGCGUCUUACAUUGCCACAAUGAGCUAUAUAUGCGAUAUUACAGACCAUUCAGACAGAAGUUUUAGACUGGGUGUCAUGGAAUCCAUGGGUUUGAUAGGUGGGCCUGUAGGUAUGAUGCUAGCCUCAGCCCUACUCUACGUCAACUACGAUGGCUUAGUCUACUUCAUCAUCAUCCUUAGCCAGGGGGUUGUUCUUCUCUACGUCCGCUACUGGUUACAAGAGACAAUUGAUGUUCGAGCAUUUCAGGAGGUAAACUCACAAGACGCUAAUUGUUCGCCUCAAAAAAUUUGCUCCGAUGUGAGCUGGAGUUUGAAGCGGACUCUCAUGGUUUAUGUUAUCUGGAGAACUGAGAACAGGAGGCAGCUUCUUCUGAUCAACCAGACAGUUGGCAUAUUAUCCUCACUUGGAUCCUCAGGAGAGAUGGAUUUGACCCGUCUGUACACCAGCAGCCCCCCACUGAGCUGGGCUGACUCCACCCUCCUGGCCUACCUCUCAGUCAAAGAUGCUGUCAAGGGUAUGAUCCUAGCCGUGGGAAUACCACUGCUCUUCCUGUACUUCAGCCACUGGACCAUCCGACUGGACAUGAUUAUCGCCAUGACUACACUGCUGUCCACGUCAGCCUCCCUGGUGCUGAGGGCAUUCGCCUCCAGCACCCUCAUGAUGAUGCUAGUGCCGGUGGUUGGAUGUUUAGGAGGAUUUCCAAACACGCUCAUCUCAUCCAUCAAAUGCAAGCUGGUAGAUCCUGAUGAAUUCGGAGCCCUGUUUGCCUGUACGAUGCUUAUCCAGAGUAUAUGUCACGUCGUAGGCAGAGUCUUCUUUCAGAUGUUGUACGCCGCAACACUGACAAUCUGGCCACGCCUACCCUUUCUGGGCAUGGGCAUCUUUUUUGUCAUGUUGUUAUCCAUAAUAACGUAUAUGUGGUGUUUGAGUGGCCAUCUAGACAAGAAAGAUAAAACGGAUGCUCGACAGCAGCUGAUCAACUCGUACGAUGGCAAUGAAGAGGAGAUUGAGCUAUUUUCUGCCAAAACAAAGUGAAUGAACGUCUUAAACUUAGAUGGUUCGAUGAAUAUUGGGUGGGGAAUUUUACUUUAUAAAUUCUCGUUUACAUGAAAUAAGUAGAUUUAGUCGUUAUGUUAUACAAGGAUGUUCUUCCGUAGGUUUCCACCUCUGUUGCAAUGGUAUGAUGAAUAGGCCUAUUACCAUAAUUUAUUAAUUUUUGUAACAAAACAAAUGUGUAUACCAAAAUAUUUAAGAGGUUUGCAUUUAGUAGUUUUUACAUAGCAGAUUCGAAGUAAAGCUUAGGAUGUACCUUCGCCUCGCCUCAUCCGGCCAAAACAAAAAACAGUCCCUCGGAAGUAGGCCUAAAAAUGCUGUUUUUUAUGUACUGGGCUUCAUGGUAGUUUUUGCGGGAAUUUCAAAGCUUAAAUACGGUGAAAUGCCAAUAAUAUAUAGACGAAUGUAAUAUAAUAGAAGGGAAUUAAAUGUAGUGUUGGUUUCUUGACGUGGGCGAGAUCAUGGUAUCAUGGGAAUUCAUUGAUAAUGUUAAGCUAAAACUUCGUUAGAAAUCACUUUAUUUGGGGGGUUGUAAUUUUUUUUUUAGUUUUGGAAACGCCCUUUGUAGAAUCACUUCUGUUCUCACAAAAUAAGCAUAGGACCUACAUAUAGUGGAGAUGCUAAGCGAAAAAUUGUGCACUUUGUGGUAAAAGCAUGAAAUUCGGCAUGUGGGGUCAAAAUGGGCUAAAAAUCAUUUUAAGAUCGGGACCCAUCCUGGAUCUUGCCCAUUUUGGGGGCGGAGCUUGAUUUUUAA